UAAUUUUUGGUAAUUUUUUGUUUUCAGUUUUCGGAGCAUUCGAUUUUUGUCUUUUUAGUUAAUAGAAUACAAAACAUGCGAAAACACGGUCUACAAACUUCUGGGGCAAAACGCUAAUGAUGCAGUUUCAAAGAACCCGUGUUUAAAGUUAUACAAACGCCGUGUGAACGAGUUGUACGAUCAUCUGCAUUCCGUCCAGCUGGUCGCUUUUGGAAAACAAGCCGAAUUUGACAGGAAUCGUUGCCUGUGGGAGCAAUACGAAACAGAGCUGUUUGAAAUCGAACAAUGGCUUACAGAAGUGGAAAGUUUCUGCAAAGAUCUGAAUGAGAGGUACGACGGAACUCGCUGUUGUUCGUUGAAGGAUCUGUGUGAAGAGACCCAGCGUCAUCAGAAGAUGGUGAGCAUACUGAACAAACUCAGACUACAGCUGAAUUCCGCCAAUGAACAAAAGUGUCUGAUUGACGGUGAUUGUUACUACGUGGAGAAGCUGGAGAGGUACACCGGUCAGUUGACGACGCUGCACCAUAAGUUGAACGAAAAUCGUCGCUGGCUGCAGCGGUCGUGUUUUGAUUUGUUGCGCGAUAGACAGACGCUUGCCGAAUAUGAAAAAUGCAUCUCGAUCAUUGAAUCAGAGUUGGCCAGCGAGAAACCGCUAGCUUUGACGCCUUCAAAGAUAAUCACCAAGCAGAAGUGUCUUUUGUUGAGGGAGAUGCUGUCGGAAGUCAUCGCCCUCAGCGCCAAUUGUGAUCAGCUGCAUGUUCUUUUAAACGGCAUAUCGGCCGAAAAGGUGGAUGUGUCCGAAGAAGCUGACCGACUGACCGCGCUUCAGAACCGACUUUCGCUGCUUAACCGCGGAAUCACGUACUACCUGAAGGUUCUGUGGACAAGCAUAGCACAUCCCGACGCAUCCGUUAAAGUUCCGUCGUUUAAGGAAAUCGAUGAAUUUCAAAUUAAGGUCGCUUCGUCGGUUGGUGAAGCUCCUCGUUCGAGCAGCAGACGUCGUUUUGUACGUCGCGUUAUAUUAGCUGCUCUGCCGUUACAAGCUUUAAUGAUACUGGUUUUGGGAAUCGCGUGUUUGGUGCCCCAUUGUGAUCAAGAUUUUACGUGUACCGUCGUCAAUAACCUUUCUCGAUCAUUCCAGCCCAUCCUGCAUCACUUAGACGGAGGUGCUCCAUUUUGA